GAGAGUGAGAGUGAGAGAAUGACAAGGGCAGAGGGAAAGACAUAGCAAUGCAAGGAGAGAGGUUGAGUGCAGUGGUACAUGAUUAAAUAAUGCUGGUGAGAGAAAGCAGACAUUGACUGUAUGCUCGUGCCUGCACAGGUGUGUCCACUCUGUAUGGGGUCAAGCAGAGCUCCCGUCACAUUCAGGUCGCAGCAGGAGCCAAGGCAGCCACACCGAGGACACGCUGUGUAGUCCUGCAGCUGUUGGAUCUUUUUUAAAAAAGAUUUUUUAAUUUUGAGGGCUUCAGGGUGAUUAUCUGAUGACUGUUUGCCUCCUACCCAUGUAACCAUCAUAGGCUGGACAGAGACUCAUCACAACUUUCAGGUGAAUACAUGGAGACGCAACUGGAAGAGCUGAGACAGCAGCUGGAAAAACAAUGUCAGCUCAAUCAGGAGUUGGAGAGGCAAAACAAAGACCUGGAGCAAAGACUCCAGGAGAAAGAGAAACUGCUGCAGGAGCUGCAAAGUCACUACCAUGACUUAGAAUUUCCCUCACAGGGCAAUAAUGAGGUUGAACCAGAGGUCAGGAAGAGUCGUGCUGCCGUCAUGGCGCCAGAAUCAAUCCCAGAGAACCUGGAGAUCACACGCACCAAAGUCAAGAAAAGUGGCAGUGAGACGAGUCUGAUUGUCAAGGCAAUCAAAAAGAAUGACUUCCUGAGUCGCCUUGAUGAUGAGCAGACAGCCAUGAUGGUGGAUCUCUUGGUGGCAUUUGACUACAGUCCUGGGAACGAGAUCAUUAAAGAGGGCUCUGAAGGGGACAGCAUGUACAUAGUAGCAGCUGGUGAGCUCCUUGUGACCCAGGCAGGUCGUAACCUCCGAACCCUAACCCGUGGUGAUGUGUUCGGGGAACUGGCCAUCCUCUACAACUGCAAACGCACAGCAACAGUCAAAGCAAAGACUGUGGUGAGUCUGUGGUGCAUGGAGAGACAGACCUACAGGACCAUCAUAACCAACAAAUCCAAGAAGAAACGUGAGCAACUUAUGGGCUUCUUGAAAACGUCUCGGACCCUAAAGGACCUGAAUGACGUCCAGUUAUCAAAGAUAAUCGACUCCAUGGAAGAGGUAAAGUACCAGGACAAGGACGUGAUAGUUCGAGAGGGGACUGAAGGAAAUACUUUCUAUAUCAUCCUCAAAGGAGAGGUGUUGGUGACUAAGAAUGUGAGUGGACAUCAGAAGCAGAUUCGCCGUAUGGGAAAAGGGGAACAUUUCGGGGAACAGGCCCUCAUACGGGAGGUGCUGAGAACUGCUACUUGCACUGCUGAUGGUCCAGUUACCUGCUUCUCCAUUGACAAGGAGGUGUUUGAGGAGACCAUUCCCAUUGAACACCUGGAGCUUUUUGAUGACUCCAAGGUGCUUCAUGAGACAGCUGUCCCUGGGAGGUCAAGUGCCAGCUCCUCUCUGAAGUUUAAAGACCUGGUUCCUGUGUACUACCAAGAGGGACGCUAUCAGGGAGAGCCUGUCACCCUCGGAGUGGGAGGCUUUGGCCGUGUUGAGCUGGUGAUCUCCAUGAACCAAGGGAAUUACUAUGCCAUAAAGCGGGUCAGUAAGAUGCACAUCGUGGCCAAGCGACAGGAAGAGCAUGUCCUCUUUGAGAAGAAGAUCCUCAAAGCCAUCCAGUCUGACUUCAUUGUUAGGCUUCACGCUGCUUUCCGAGACACACGGUACAUCUACAUGGUUAUGGAGUUCUGCAGUGGAGGGGAGAUCUGGACCAAACUUAAAGAAGUGGGUCGUUUUGAUGAGCCCAUUGCUGUUUUCUGCACUGCCUGUGUGGUGGAGGCUUACGCCUACCUCCACAAAAAGAGCAUAAUGUACAGAGACCUCAAACCUGAGAACCUGAUGCUCGACGCUCGGGGCUACGUCAAACUGGUGGACUUUGGGUUUGCCAAGGAGAUGGUUCGUGGUGAGAAGACCUACUCGUUUGUGGGAACUCCUGAGUACAUUGCCCCAGAGAUCAUCCAGAACCAGGGACAUGACUUUGCGGUUGACUUCUGGUCCCUUGGUAUCCUGAUCUUUGAACUUCUAGUGGGAAGUCCUCCCUUCUCAAGUUCAGAGCCCCAGAAGAUCUAUGCCAAGAUUUUGGAUGGGGUGCUCAAGUAUCCACCAUACAUGAGCGAGGCUGCCAAGUCCAUCAUCAGCAAAUUGUGCAGACCUCGGCCAGGUCAGAGGCUAGGAAACACCAAGAAUGGAAUCAAAGAUGUGCGGCACCACAGGUGGUUCAGCAGUAUGAAUUGGCAUAAGCUGCGUGUUGGCCAGGUGGACGCUCCCACGAUUCGGCUCAUACGAAAGGGCCCAUGCUAUAUCAACUUCGACAGCUUCCCUUAUGACCAGCCCAAGGCUGAGGAGGAGUUCUCUGAUUGGGAUCGGGACUUCUGACCCAAGCCACCAUCUUUGUUUGACGUCUGCAUCAUCUCCAUAUAGGAUCCAAUGGCUACAAGAUGGUUCAGUUGCAUAAAUCCUCAUCAGUGGGACCCACAGAGAUUAUUUAAAGGUGAAUGGGGAUUUGCAAAUUUGGUGUGGACAAUAAAUCCUCCAUAUACACUUCUGGAUUCCUGUAUCUGGACUUUAGCUCAAAUUUGUAUUAAAAAAAAUCCUCUAGAACACAUCUCAAUGAUUUAAUCUCUUCAGUGAAAAACUAUGUUUCACCUUUUUUAUCGUUAACUAAAACAGACAUUGUAUGGCAACUUGGUAGCUGAGUUAGCUAAAAUUUAUACCAUGUCAGGGUCCAUUGUGUGUUGUUCUCCCACUCUAAUGAGUCAUCUGAAUAAAUAAAUUUAAAAAAAUGAUGAUUUUAAUGCCCGCUUUCCUUUUGUUGGGGUGUGGGUGUUUAAGUAGACAUAACAUAUUUGUGUACGUCAGCUUUAAAAGUGGCACAUUGAAAGUCUGCUGUUGCAGUAGAGAGAUAACCUGCAGAGGACCGGCAAAAUACAAAGGUGUUAGGACCUGAUGUCAGCACGGUCUGUUCCCAACAUCAGCACAUGGAGAUUUGGGCAAGGAGGUGUAAACAACAUUGUAAUCUUCUAAAUUGAUUUGCAAAAGACCAAACAUAUAAAUACUUGUGU